ACAACUCAAAAUCCCCGCUCUCGAAUGAUCAGAUCUAAAAUGAUCUGUAAACUAUAAUUUAUAUGAUGAUUCCCCAAAAAGCUUAGCAUCAUAUGUUAGGCAGUGCCGACGAACUUUUUUGCCCUGUGAUUGACAUAUCACAAUUUCAUAGCCACAACUUGGCGGCAGCAGUACGAGAAGCCUGUGAAAAGAAUGGAUGGUUCACCAUUGUCAACCAUGGAGUUCUAUUGGAUCUUCUCAAAGAUUUGGAGGCCCUUCUUGAGGAACUAUUUUCUCUACCAAUAGAGGUUAAGGAAAGAGCCAUAGUGUACAAUCCGGAUGCUUGUUCUGCUAACAAUGAGACUUUUGAUUUGGAGCGCCUGCCUGAUUUAGCUACAAUGCAGAAAUUGCAUGACAGGCUAUGGACAAAAGAGGGAAACCCAAAUAACGUCAUGAGGACUUUCAUAUCAAGCAUGACCGAACUGCACAAUAAGAUGAGUAAAAUAUUCCUUGCCAGCCUCAAUCUAGACGUCAAGUCACUAUUCCAUUCUGAUUUUGAGAAGUGCUAUUCUUUUAUGGGUAUAAACCACUACACACCCAAGGACAAAGAAAUGGACGAGGAGGUUAUGCAUCCACAUACAGAUAUCGGCUGCUUCUCAAUGCUUUACACUAACAAUACCCUGGGUCUUCAAGUAAAAUCAAAGGAAGGGAAGUGGUUGGACGUUAUUCCUGUACCUUAUUCAUUUGUUGUUAUGGCAAGCGAUCUCCUCAAGAUGUUAAAUUCUUUAACCCAGACCCAUUAUUAGUUCAAAUACAUUUUUCUGUUGUUCAUAAACUAAAUGGAGUUUAGUGCAGGUAUGGACCAAUGGAAGGUUCCACAGUACAGAACAUCGAGUUGUUUAUAAAGGAUGGAAGGAACGUAUAUCUUUUGCCUAUGUUGUGCUCUUUUCAGAAACACUUUUUGCAUGCACCGUAUAAAUAGUCCACGUACCAUGAUCACAACUCAAAAUCCUCGCUCUCGAAUGAUCGGAUCUAAAAUGAUCUGUAAACUAUAAUUUAUAUGAUAAUUCCCCAGAAAGCUUAGCAUCGUAUGUUACCCUUUCGAUUCUCUAGUAGCGGUUUAUCGAAGAUGGGAAUUGCACUACAAACCUAGGCAUUUGCAAUAUCUUCGAAUCCUGCAAUUUUAAAUGGGAGGCUGAAGCAGACAGCUCCAGAUUCAUGUACAUAUUUAGUUUUGCCACAAGAUAUGUUAAGGAGAAUAAAGUCAGGUUAGCUGAAAUCACAAGGUUUAAUCCACUAUGUGUGUUUUUCUGUUGUUUUUGGUAACCUGUGUUCUAACUCCUAUUAUUAUGUAUUGUAGAGAGCCGUGAGACAGUUUCUAGCAUAAUUAUGAAAAUACAGUUGUAAGAUUACCAAGAUGCUCUCUAAUGUUCAACUAGUACUCCUAUUUCCUAGAGGACCCAGCGAGUAUGGUUUGGUGUACUAGUCUUGAAAGAAAGCAUUAACUCUAACAACAUGGUCAUGUGUCCAAUCUCUGAUUUGAGACUCUAGAUUGACUGAAUUCUUUUU